AUAUUUAGCGCCCCCAUAUGUUGGCGUCGCCUAAUUAAAUAAUCUCCCUUUUCCAGCGUUACCACGAUAGGGUGAAGAUGUGUCUUAUUAAUUGUUUAAACGAUUUUCGUUUUUUUUUGUAAUUCAAUGUUAAGCAAGUGACUUAGUUAACCGUUCAAGUGCCUAAACAUAAAUUACGUCAUGGAGAACCUGUUGUUAAUGUCUUCCACCUCGAUCCCCCAUGAUAUCCCUAUGGGGGAGAACCCGGCGGAGUCCUGCUAUAUCAACGAUUCAGUGUGUGUAUAUGUUUCUAAAUCCAAUCAAAUUGAAAUACUACGACUUCCAUGUAUGCAGUUAGAUAAAUUAGAGUUGCCCCCAGAAGUCCCGAUUCACGAGAACAUUAUUCACCUUAGCUAUGCAAAGUCACAAAAUGUGCUGCAUAUUACAACAGACUUUUUCUUGAUUGUCUAUGAUUUUCGCGACAGCAUUUUUUCAGUGCAUAAAACUGACUUAAAGUCCAAAAUCAUUCGAUCCACUUGGAAUCCUUUAGGGACCCAUUUGAUUCUCAUUACCGAGAAUGAAAACAUUUACUCAUAUUCAUGUACCUUUUCUGAUGCUGAGAAUAAGUAUAAGUUCCAUUUAAGCCAUAAUAGUUCACUGGACUCGCCUGUGCCAUCUACUUCCCAUGUCGGAUGGGGAGCCUACAGUACCCAAUUCAAGGGCAUUAAAAAAGUUGAAAAGACUGUCACUGAAAUCCCACAGGCCUAUGAGAAGCCUGUAAUAUCAUGGCGCAACAACGGAGAGAUGUUCGUUGUCAAUUAUUGGUGUGACAACCGGAGGCUACUGAAGGUGUUUGAUAACGAGUGCAACGCCUUGUACUGCUCUGACCACCAUGUGAAUCUUUUACCUCCAGUUGCAUUUAAACCCAUGGGAAAUGCUAUUGCUACUUGCAGCUUAAAUGGAGACAUUCCUAACCUAGUCAUUUCAGAAAAGAAUUGUCUUAUUAGGUUUGAGUCGGAUGUCCCAGAUAUAGAGGGUGACAUCAAAAACCUAAAAUACCACCCAGAUAAAGCCCUUUUAGCCGUUCACAGUGCAACAAAGUCACAUUCUCAAAUAAACAUUUAUUAUUAUGCAAAUGAUUUGUGGUACCUCAAACAGCAAUUAAAUUACUUAAAAGAUGAUGUUUUGCUAACAUUCGAUUGGGGAAAAGACACUGGGAAUGAAUAUGAAUUAUAUGUACUGACCACAAAUAAUUUCUGGUCAUAUAAAUAUGAGUUUGAUGUAUAUGGUGCUUCCAAUCAGUUAGCGGCAGUGAUAAAUGGCCGGAAAGUACAUUUAACAAAUUUCCAUGAAGAAAUUGUGCCACCACCGAAAUCCAGUGUUGUCAAGACUUUUUCAAAACCAGUUAAUCAAAUAUUGUAUUUCCCUUUAAAGCAGGUAUAUGGUUUUGUAUUAUCUGAUGACAGUACAGUUCACAUGAGGUAUGUGGAUCUAGUCAGUGAUAUUCCUUUUGAUAAUUCAAAUGAUGAUAUUGGCGAGCUAGAUGUGCCAGUUGAAGAGAAUUCUAUGUCAACAUUUAAAGAGGUGGUUAAUGGCAUUAAUUAUAAAUUUCAUUUAAAUAAUAAAGGGGAACUUUUGAUUAAUGAUACCAUUACUUUGCUCAAUAUAAAUUCUAUAUAUGUGACUGAAAAUUAUUUACUUCUGGUGAAAACAAAAAGCAAUGAUUGCAAGUUGUAUUGCGUACGAUUAACAGAUGCAGUCAAAAAUUUUAAUUGUUUUGCCUUGGAGACAUGUUUCUCAAGGAAUGUAGAGCAUGGAGCAAAGAUUGUUGGCAUAAAGGAAAAGCAAUUUGUAGUACUGCUUAUGCCAAGAGGCAAUUUUGAAACAGUUACAUGCCGUCUUAUUGACAUUGAUUUGGUUGAACAACUGAUCGGAGCAAACAAGUGGGAUGAGGCAAUUGAUUUGAUUAAAAUUAGGAAACUUGACUGGAAUUUGCUUAUUGAUUUGUCCAAAUAUUGGUUCCUUGAACAUGUCAAAGAUUUCAUUGAAGCUGCUGAUAGAUGCUUAAUUCUAAACACUAUUGUGUCAGACUUUAAAAAAGACAAUUGCUUAGAAAGUACAUAUCAUUUUUGGAAACCAGACAAGUCUCCCAAAGUGCUUUAUGAUAGACAGAAACUAGAUGCUCGUUUAACCAAAGAAUUGGUCUUUAAAAGUGUACUAAUGCAGUUAGUUCUGACAAAUCUUGUAAAGUUUAUGCCUGGCAUCAUCAAAAUGCAAAUAAAACAUUUUAGUUUAAAGGGAGCCCUGUCCACUUUGAAUCAGAUUUAUAGAUUAGGACCAUUAUACCACAAGACAUAUGAAACAGGGCUUAAAAUAAUAUUACAACAAAAAGACCAGAAGGAAGUCAUAGGGGUUGCGGCAAGUUUAUUUGAUGUCAGUUUCUUAGAAUUCCUAUAUAGCCAGUGUGCUGAGGACCCUUUUCAAUAUAAAGAUGAAAUUACUAGUUUAACAAAUGAGAGCAAGAAAGAUGAAAUAUCGCUGAGAACCAAAAUGUCUAUGAAGGGUAAUAAUCCAGAAACAACCACCAGAUACCUUGUGAGAAAUCUUGAACUUCCGGCUAAAAUCAUAGAAGAUUAUAUCAGGAAGCACAAAACAGCCCGGGCAGCUUAUGAUGGAUUGCCUACCACAAACAAAUAUUUCCAGUUAAUAUCAAAACUUUAUGCUAGUGAACUAUCCUACAAUAAGAAAAACAUGGAAGCAGGGAUGAUUUUAGAACGCGCGGGUCUAUACAAGGAAGCGCUCAUAUGCUACAAACUAUCAUUUGAUUGGCAAAGAACCAUUGGUGUUCUCUCAAAAAUGGAUUUACAGCACGAUCUUAAAUUGCAAAUAUAUGUGUCGAUGGCAAAAUAUUUGGAAGCAAAUGAUCGGAUCGAUGAUGCUGCAAUGCUACUGGAGCGUUUUGUCGGCGAUGUCCCGGCAGCCUGUAAAAUGUUGCUGGAUCAUUAUCAAUUCAAAAAGGCUUCAUUUUUGCUGAUACAGCAUGGCAAGCAGGCGGAUAUAAAUACAUUAUUAAAGCCGGCGCUAUUAAAGUUCUGCAAAGACGUUUUGGAAAAGGUGACCUAUCUGAUCGACUACGUUUCUUCGUUAACAGACCGUUUAGAAACAGUCAGAGACGAAAAGAUUUCAAAAUAUGUUAGCCGCCAGUCGGCCAAUCAAGGCUAUGAUGUGGAAGAAGGAACGGAAGAAUUGGGAAAUGACUCUGAAUAUGGAAGUGUGGCCUCCUCCUCGGUUAAAUCAAGUUCUCGAGCAUCGAAGAGUUCUACGACAUCUUCGCGCAAUAGACGCAAGAAGGAGCGUAAGAAGACGGACUUGAAAAUGGGUGGAACUUAUGAAGAUAUAGCGAUUAUACGAGAACUUUAUAUUAUGAUGAGUGAAUUGGUUAACCUAGGAGGUGAAAUACACAAUGUGUGCAAUCUGAUAUUGGACGAGGACCAUUAUCAGUUAGCCACGGAGUUACAGGGGGUCCUCCGAUUGAUCCACGCAACACUACGUGAAAACAUUCCGAAGAUUUGGUCCGAAGUGUUUAUGAGUGCUGAGUUGUCCAAUGAUCCGAAGGUUUUAGGUGUUGUUGAAAAUAGAUGUGAGAUCGACGAAAUCUGUUUGAAACCUCCUAAGAUAGACUCUGCUAGCGAUUGGUUCUUAUGUAUUUAUCCUAGUGAAUAGUAUUUGACAUUUUUCACACGUGUUCCUUAGCGUUUUAGUCAAUAUGUUAAUGAGUUUAGAAGAAAUGUUUUUGUUAAUGUUACUUAUGUUAGAAAAAAUGUUUUAGUUUAUGUUGUUGCGUUGAGAAAAAAUUUUUAGUUUGUUCUAUAUUUAUUAGUCCAGUUUCAGUGCGAACUGAUACUUACUGUUACCGGUAACUUCUGCCAGUGAUAUUACUAUUUUUAUAUUAAAAAAAAACUAGUUUUUAAUAAAAGUUUUUCUAUUUA